UUUCCAAUAUUAAAUUUUAGCAUUUACGAUCAUUACCUAAUCACAUGGCCACCCAGAAGAAGAACUGAGAGCAGCUAGCUAGCUGGGAGAGAGUUGCUUUUUACACCUCAUAAAGCUCUGUAUAAAGGAUAGAAGCAGACAAGUCCAUCAUGGCGGAGGACCCCCCACCCCCUGAUCUAACCGUGUAUGAGAAACAUUACAUCUAUCCAUUCACCAAGUACACAAAGAAAGAGAUCAAAGCUCUCAAGAUCCCAGCCCGUAAGAAUGGCUACCUGACGGUGUGUGUGGUCUGUCCCGCUGGAAUGUCUGACAUCAAGGGAGUGGAACAGCAUCUCUCUGGCAAUCACCACAAGCUACGUAUCAAGGAGUAUAAUCUGGACCAAGCACUGUCCCAGCCACCCACACUGACGGUCACUAACCUCGAGGCCCUCACCAGCUUCAUUGAGGGCACCUAUCAGUCUCACUCGGCUGCUGCCUGUGGUCAGCUGACAGUGCGUAGAGACGUGGUGGAGGUGCUCCAGGGCCUCGUGCAUGACAAGUUCCCUGAUGUUAGUGUUCAAAUGCAUGGUUCUACUGCCAGUGAAUUUGCUGUGAUCAACAGCAAUGUCAACAUCAACCUGGACAUACCAACUGCCGUGGACUCACAGAAGGCCAUUCCCGUGGUGAUGAACGGAGUUGUGGAGAUACUGAAAAGCAACGCUGCUCUAUACACUGAUGUCAACCCUGACUAUUAUGCCUUCAACAAGAUACCACGGAUACUAUUCAAGCACAAGAAAAGUGGCUUAUUGUGUGAGAUCAGACCUAUGGCUGGAAAUCCGAUGGUGUUGGCCCCGCUGCUGAAGUGCUAUGGUGGAAUGGACGAGAGGGUGUUCAAACUGGGUGUGGUAUUCAUGCACUGGGUCAAGAUUUGCAAACUGGAUGCUCAAGAGUAUGGAUACUAUCCUGGUCACAUGUUUAUCGUCAUGGUGAUACAUUUCCUACAACAGACUACACCGCCAGUUCUACCAGUCCUACACGAAAUGGUCCCCCCUAGGUCAAAGGAGAGUGAGGAAGAGGGUGUGGCUUUACUGACAGAGGAUGACCUCUCUCUGUUCACCACACUGGGGCAAGAGUGGCACCCUCAGAACAAGCAGAGCGUGGGGGAACUAUGGAUACAGCUGCUCCGAUUUUAUACUCAUGAUUUUGACAUUCCCAAAUUGGCUGUGAGUAUUCGACAGAAAGGCCCCCUGCUGAGAGAAUCCCGACAGUGGGGGAUACAUCGUUUAGCCGUAGAGGACCCGAUGAUAUCCAAGAGUAACCUGGCUCGAUGUGUCUACUAUGACAGGAUCUAUGACUACUAUAUCACUUGUCUCAAGCAGACGACUGUCUACUUCUACAGCCAGCUGCCAGACAAGGGACCUAGCAUAAGCCCACCCCCUCACACCCCCACAGGUGUUCAAGAGGAUGACAGUGGUGUGGUGUCUGCUAUCUGUCCAUUAGCUGUGGUCACACCUCUUACUAGUGCUGACUCAGCAGAACCGCCCACUCCACCGAAAGGAACUACGACCCCAGUACAGAAAGAUGAAGUCGCCAGUUUGGCUUGUGCUAUGGAGGAUGUCAGCGUUUCAGUUGAUGCCGCUCCAAAUAAGGGCGUUGGUAUCGAGGCAACUCUAAAGUUUCGUCUCUCACAGUCCAACUGUGUAUUACUGCCCUACCAGAAGGUGUGCUCAGUGUGUAGGAACUCAGCUAAACACACAUACGAGAAUUGCCCCAAUGAGAUGCUACCUAACAUCUCUUCACUGUCCACCCCCCCUCCCAAGACUAGUAGCCUCAAUGCACUCAGGGAUACCUUCAAGAGCUACAUGAAGGACGUUGCCCCCAGUCAGAGGGAUAAGAAAGAACGGAAAAAAGUGUGCGACUUCAUUGUCAGUGACAUACACAACAUCUACCCAGACGCUCACCUUAAGUUGUUUGGCUCGUCGGCCAAUGGGUUUGGCCUGUACACAAGUGACGUGGACAUGUGCCUCAUCCUUCCCGGGAACCAGCCAACAGAGGCACAGGCUGAGAAGACACAGCACAAGGAUGUGAUUGCCAAAGUGGGGAGGGAGCUGAGGAAGUUUGGGGAAUACGAGCAGGUGGUGUCCAUCACUAGCGCUAGAGUGCCCAUUGUCAAGUUCUUUCUGCCACAGUGGAACUUGGAGUGUGACAUCAGCAUGGAGAACCGACUGGCCAUGAGGAACACUGCCAUGCUCAAGGCCUACUCAACCAUCGACGAUCGGGUCCGGGUACUGGGUUACACUGUCAAGAAGUUUGCUAAGGUGUGUGACAUCGGUGAUGCGUCGUCAGGCAGUCUCUCCUCGUACGCCUACAUUAUCCUCAUGCUCCACUACCUGCAGAACAUUGACCCUCCAGUUGUGCCGAUACUGCAGCAGCUCCACCCCACUGUGAGGACCGAGGGACCUAUUAUCAACGGCUGGGACUGUUACUACUACCACUUUGACAACCCCACAGAACUCGGAGAGGUGUGGAGUGGGUGGAAGAAGAACACUCAGAGUGUGGGGGAGUUGUGGCUGGGAUUUCUAAGGCACAUGUUGACUUUCAAGUGGAAUGAAUAUGUUGUGACCAUUAAGCAAAAGGAGCCACUGUCCAAGUUUGACAAGUGGUGGAUUGGAAAACCCCUCUGUAUUGAAGAUCCUUUCAACCUGGACCACAACUUGGGAUCCAACGUCUCUGGAAAAAUGAGGUCGUAUAUUCUGGAGCGGUUUCAAGAUGGUCUGAUGUUCCACUCGAAGAACUCCCAGUGGCAAGAUAUUGAUGCUGUGAUGGAUGGUGGGCGACUGGUGGGCGACUGUAAGGCUCCCAAAUUCCUCCUCUGUCACUUUUGCAAUCUACGAGGGCACAGACAGUCACAGUGUCCAGUGAAAGCUGAGGUAAGACGUCCCCAGCCAAGGAAUCGGCACAGGAGACCUCCUCCCCCUCACCAGGGCCACCACCCACUACCUCCCCAGGCUCACACCUACCCCCAGCAGGGGGUACCCUACACGGCACGACCCUUACUGCCACACCCUCACCCAAUACCUGGGCCGUAUCCGAGUCCUGGUCAGCCAAUGGGAAUGCAGCGACCCCCUCAUCAGCCAAUGAGAAUGCAGCAACCUCGUCAGCCAAUGGGAAUGCAGCAACCUCGUGGUCAGCCGGUCAGAAUAAUGCAACGACCUCGUGGUCAGCCAAUCGGAAUGCAGCAAGGCUACGCACCCCAGCAGUAUCAGCACAUGUACUCCCCUGGAAACUACAUGGGACCUCCGGUUUCCCUACCUCACUCUGCCACGCCCACUUCCCCGAUGUACCCCUCCCCCAUAAACACCACACCCACUUAUGUUGGAGCACCCCCUGCAAGUCAGGGUAUUCCCCCAGGAAGUCAGCACUACCACGGCUCAAGCAAGUGAACAUUAACUGACAAACACAAUACGUAGAAUAAUAAUAAUGUUAUGUGGUCAUUAUUAUUUUGCACUCCUGUUAUGACAUUAUUUUAUAUUGUGCAUUUUG